UCAUGUCACGGCGGCGUAUGAUUUGACCGUUCUGAGACCGCCUGAUUCCGUAAUAUCCGGGCGUUUCACCCGUCAGUUUCUGCCACUGCUUUAGCGGCUCGGCAACGUAGGUAGUUAACAACUUCCACCCGCUUUGCACACUUAUCAGCCGUAACUACUAGUGUGUGGCUCAUAAUUACGCCUGCGAAUCACGCGGUGAUUCGCGAAAACGUUUCGGUAGAGUACAUACCGCUCGUUUCCGACAUACGGUUUCGUUUCAGGACAGGCGAGGAGUGAGGCGAGGAGUGAGGCGAGGAGUGAGGCGAGGAGUGAGGCGAGGCGAGGAGUGAGGCGAGGAGUGAGGCGAGGAGUGAGGCGAGGAGUGAGGCGAGGAGUGAGGCCCGGGAGUUCCAAACCCGCAAUCGUAGUCCUCGAUAUUAUUACUUCCUCCUUCGUCUUCCGUCGUUUAAUCAAUGGCGGCGAGUGCGAACCCGCCGGUCUUAGACAUCACUAUUGACCCGGCGAGCCCUUUGGAAGCGAAGGAAACGGCCGUCAGGACCAUAGCGCACAGGCUGAUGCCAGCGUGGCAGCAGCUGCCAGAGACAGCCUUGCGAGUCUCCACCAUCUCAGGCGGCAUCACCAACCUUAUAUUUAAAGUGCAGCAAGCGAAGGACGAACAGAAUAAAAGGGAGGAGCAAAACGGGGAGGCGUCCAAGACAAGUGGCGACAGCGCCCAAUCAGAAGCAAUCACUGUGCGGAUCUACGGGCCAGAUACAGACAAAAUCAUCAACAGAAGCAGAGAAUGGGAGGUACUUAUGGCACUGGCAACAGCAAACUUCGGCCCUCGCCUGAUAGGAGGGUUCACCAACGGCACAGUGCAGACGUACCUACCCGGCCGCACCUUAACCCCACCAGAGAUGUGCGCCCCGCCACUGGCGCACCUGAUAGCAGCGCAGCUGCACCGCCUGCACCAUUUGGAGGUGCCUUUGGGGUCGGACGAGGAGAGGAGCGAGGGGCACCUGUGGCAUGCCUUGUUGGGCAUGCUGGAAACUGAGCGCCUUCAGCUGAGAAGCUGCAUUUUGACGACAAGAAACUGCAGACUCGCUUUGACUCCAUUGACUUUGCAAAGCUGCGACGCGAGAUACGCGAAGCCAAGGAGUUGACUGACCGCCUGCACUCGCCCAUCGUCUUUGCCCACAAUGACCUCCUUGCUUACAACCUGCUGCUGGAUGACUCGCAACCAGGGCCCCCCGUGAUGCACAUGAUAGACUUUGAGUACGCAGCUUACAACCCCCGGGGCUACGACAUUGCGAACCACUUCUGCGAAUAUGCUGGCUUCGAGUGCGAGUAUUCACGGUUCCCCUCCAAGGCCCACCAGCUGGACUUCUUCCGCCACUACCUGCACCCGGGUGAACCGAAUAAGGCCUCACAGGCAGAGCUGGACAGGUUGUAUCUGGAGGUGAACGCGUUUACCCUCGCCUCCCACUUCUUCUGGUGCCUCUGGUCCCUCAUCCAGGCCAAGUUCUCCUCGAUAGACUUUGACUACAUGGACUAUUUCUUUGUUCGUUACGGCGUGUACCAACAACGCAAGGAUGAGACGGUUGCCAUUGUGGAGUCUUACAUGCACAGUCAUCAAUUGCAGGCCAACUAGUCGCAAUUGUAACUGCCUUGGGUUCUGGCUCGGAGACUACGGAUGCAUUCCCAAGCGGGAAAAUGAGAAAUUGUAGGAACACACAUCUGUCAACACACAUGUUUGUAUAUCUGGCUUUGUUAGGUAUGUUUGUCAUAACCUAGCUAGGACAGCUCUUAGAGGGGACAACAUUUCGCAUAUGUAUCUCCCUGCCCUCUCUUCCUAGUCAACUUCCACAUUGUAUAAACCUAGGGUUAGAUUCUCCAUAGCGCCACGCUUUCGCCCGU